AUGGCUACUUAUCAUAGUAAAACUUAUAGUGACGGAAGCGAUAAACGUUCCUCGUUCGAACCUUUACAAAGAACAAGGUCUGUUGUAGGUCCAAGACCUUUACCAAGUAAAUCUUCUUCUGAUCGGCUAUCAACUGACUCAUAUUCUUAUCAGCAAAGACAGAGUAGUGACAAUAAUAAUAAUGGUGAUAACGAAAAUAACGAAAAUAAGAUAUCAGAAUAUAUACCCGAACAACAACAUAAAUUUGUUAUACCCGAACAAACUUUUCCUCCUUUAGUUUCACCCAUACCUCAAAAGUAUAUGCCAACUGCAACAAAAGAUAUUACAAAUGCCUUAGAAAAACAAUAUCAAGAUACAAAUGAACAAGAAAUUUAUUCCUCACAAACUUCAGGGAAAAUAUCAGACAAUGUAUCGCUAAAUCAAAUCCCUGGCACCACUUCUCAGGGACAACCACCACCUUCUCCUAAAAGCCCAAUACAACAACCUGUGCAAUCUAAUGAUUCACCGGAAAUUCAAAAAAACAUUUCAAUAGAAAACGGAUCAGCCGAAAUUAAUUCUAUUCCAAAGAAUAAUUAUAUAAUCACAAAUAAUGACAAUGCCUCUAGUAGUUCGAUCCAUGUACAAAAUGAAGCAAUUACUUUGCAACAAACUUUAUAUUCUCAAUCAGAAUCUUUUCAGUCAUCAACUCAACAGCAAAAUCAAUUACAAUCACCUUUAAUUCAACAACAAUCACCUUUAAAUCAACAAGAAUCACCUUUAAAUCAACAACAAUCACCUUUAAAUCAACAACAAUCACCUUUAAAUCAACAACAAUCACCUUUAAAUCAACAACAAUCAUCUUUAAAUCAACAACAAUCAUACCCAAAUCAACCACAAAAUAUACAACCACCGUCCAAUCAACAACCAAUAUACUACCAGCAACAACAACCAAACCAACAAUUUUAUCAGCAACAACCAAACCAACAAUUUUAUCAGCAACAACCAAACCAAGAAUUUUAUCAGCAACAGAAUUAUAUUAAUCAACAACAUCAACAACAACAAUAUCAGAAUAAUCAACAACAAUAUAUUCAGAAUAAUCAACCACAGAAUAAUCAACAACAACAAAUUCAGAAUAAUCAUCAAUCUUACAUUCAAUAUCCCCAACCACCACCGAUACAAUUUCAACCUGUUAAUACUGUACAAUCUCAAUCUCAAACGAGAAAUUCAUAUAACCAAAAUAUUUCACAAGGACAAUAUAAUGGAAUUUCAAUUACCGAAACCCAAUAUGUAGAGGGUUCAGAAUAUUCAAAUCGAAGGAAAUCCGGGUCAUCUGAUAUGUAUCAACGCGGUUCUUCACCAUCUGGAAUUAAUAUAAUUAAUAUAGGACCUGAUGGGGAACCUAUACCUUCUUCAUUAUCAAAUGGAAGAGGAAGUUGGUAUGGGGGAAGUAGAUCCACCACACCUGAUCGUACUUCAAGGAUUUCCACUAAUCCAACUUUAAAAUUAUUAAUAGAUGAGAAAAAUGCUAGAAGAAAGACAGCAACAUCAAAAACUUUAGCUUUAGAUGAAAAUGCUGCAUUACAAAAAUAUCGUGAAGCUGCAAAAAAGACAAAUGAUCCCACCAUUCAAAUUGAUUAUGCCAAAUUCCUUAUGCAUAUGGCAGAAUUAAAUCUUGAAGCAAUUUAUUGGAUUAAUCAAUUGGCAAAGAAUAAUCAUCCCGAAGCCUUAUAUAUUAAGGGUAGUUGGUAUGAAAAUGGUAAAUUCGGGAGAGAAAAAAACGAAGAAAAAGCUUAUAAAUUGUAUGUUUCCUCAUCCAAACAAGAAUUUGCAAAGGCUCAAUGCAAGGUUGCUGAAUAUCAUGAAAAAAAAAAUAAAGAUUAUAAACGUGCAUUACAAUUUUAUAAAAAAGCAGCAUCGAAUGGAUGUAAUGUUGCUACUUAUCGUCUUGCAAGUAUUUAUUUGCAUGGAGAAUUAAAACAAGACGUAGAUUACAAGCAAGCACUUAUAUUUUUAAAGCAGUCUGCAUCAAAAGCAGAUGAAGAAUGUCCUGAUGGCGCUUAUGUAUAUGGAAUGAUUUUGGCUAGAGAAUAUGAUAAAGCCCGAAUUCCCGAUGAUUUAGCAAUACCUUAUGAUUAUGAAGCGAAAGAAUUAAUUCUAAAAGCUGCUAAUUUAGGUCACGCUCCAGCACUAUACAAAAUGGGUUAUUUUUAUGAAUAUGCUCUAUUGAAAUGCCCUUUCGAUCCUGAAUUAUCACUUCAAUAUUAUAAAAGAGCAUCAGAAAAAGGUUAUAUAGAAGCAGAUAUGGCAAUUAGUAAAUGGUAUUUGUGUGGUACAGAAGGUUAUUUCGAUAGAAAUGAAUCCCUAGCUUUUGAAUACGCUGAAAUUGCAGCUUUGAAAGGAUUACCCGCAGCUGAAUUUGCAAUGGGUUACUUUCAUGAAGUUGGAAUUCAUGUUCCAGUUAACGAAACUAUUGCCAAUGAAUGGUACCAAAAGGCCGCUGCACACGGUAAUAAAGAUGCAAUAGAAAGAUUAUCAAAAGGUGGCAAAAUAUCUCGUCAAGAUUAUGAAAAAGACAAAUUAGGAAAGAGUAUUGGAAAAAUAAAAGAUAAAGAUUAUUGA